AUGGCUGCGGUCACAAGUACAUUUUCAUCUUAUGAUCGAUCAGUUCCAUCAAUGUCGGAUAGUUCAACACAGAAUCGCCAGCUUCGUAAUAAUAAUAAUACGAAUUCAACAAUAAUACGACCUGGUCAACAUUUAGAUGAUGCAGAUUUAUUGACUUGGAAUCGACAGUAUGCAAAUAUUGGUUUAAGAGACGAUAAUAUAAUGUCAAAUUCAGCUGAUAAUUUAUCACAACUUGUUGAUCCUCUCCCUUUUGGAUUUCAUCCUUCUGAUCCAGGAUUUAAUGAUCCAAGUGAUGAUGAAUUACAUUUUGACGAUGGAAAUAAUUUUGAUUAUGAAGUUGCUAUUCAAGAAAGACUUAAAAGAGCUAAUGAAGAAUUUCAACAUGAUGAAACACCAGCCGAAUUAAAACAUCGACAACGUGUUUCAUUUGAUUCUGUUGUUAAAGCCGUUGACAUUGUUCAAGAACCAGAGGUUGAUGAUAAUACAAAUCGUGUAGCUAAACCACCUGUUUCACCUGUUGCGGAAGAAUCAGCAAUAAAUGCUACUAAUUCACAAAAAGAAAGUAAUCCACAUGAAUAUACUGUACCACUUAAUGAUACACAACCAAAAGAGGGUCCAACAUUGUUAGAACAAUUGAAAGCGAUGCAAUUUCAUGGCGGUCCCCCAGCAGGUGACCGACGACAAGCAGCAAAUACAAAGACAACUAAUGAUUCAUCGACACGAGAAGGUAUUGAUUUAUAA